UGUCAGUGCAAACCAAUGUUGCUUUCUUUCUUCUGUUUGUUUUCCAUUUCCCAUGCUAUUUCUGAUCUCCUUCUGCUAACCUAGCCUUUUCUCAUGUGGCUUUGUACUUAUGCCCAGCGUAACAUAUUUGGCUGUGAAUACUUAAAUGUGUUUGGAGUGCUUUAUUUAUUAUCUUUGUCUUGAUAACUUACAGAUAUUCCUGUCUGGUGAUGAGAUAUCUUUAUUGUGCUACCUAACUUGACAGCCAAAAAUAAAGUUUGGAUAUUUAUGUUACAUUUGACAAAGUCAGAAUCCAGCUCUUGAGGUUACUUCAGUUGUCUCUCUGCAUGUUGUCCUUAUCGCUACAGACAAAGGUACCGUCUUUCCAGCAGUUUUAGAAGCUGUAGAUCACUUUAUUUCUUGUCUCUGCACCUCAAGUAGGACAUGCAUGUUUAGGUGACUAACUACAGGAACGUCAAAAUGCCUAAUCUCGAACAUCCAGUGUACCCAGCAGCUACACUGCUUCACUUGGAAAGUUUGGUGCCUUGUCGAGAAUCCCAAGUGUCUGUGUUGCUGUCAAUAUUUGGAGAGCGUCAACAGUUUAGUUUUCCAUCCAUCUUUAUCUACGGACAUACAUCUAGUGGAAAGACUUACGUGAUGCAAACACUUCUGAACACCUUACAGCUUCCUCAUGUGUUUGUGAACUGUGUGGAGUACUUUACUUCACGACUUCUUUUAGAAGAAAUUCUUAACAGACUUCUCGUGUUAGAAGAAAUUCUUGUCCAGUUGCAAAGCUGUUCUGAGACAGAACAGACUUCUCGUGUGCCCUGUGAUAAUUUCAAUGACUUUGUACGUCUGUUCAAACAAGCUGUCGUGAGUCGGGAGCUUCAAGAUCAAACAUUAUACAUUGUACUGGAUAGAGCAGAGCAGCUGAGAGAAAUGGAAGCAAACAUCCUGCCAGCAUUUCUUAGGCUUCAAGAGUUGACUGACAGAAAUGUGACAGUUAUCCUGCUCAGUGAAAUAGUAUGGGAGCUGUUCCGUCCAAAUACUGGAUGCUUUGAGCCAUUCAUCUUAUAUUUUCCCGAUUACAGCAUAGGACACCUGCAGAAGAUCUUGUGUCAGAAUCAUCCCCCAGAAUAUUCUGCAGAUUUCUAUGCUGCAUAUAUCAAUAUUCUGCUUGGUGUCUUCUACAUGGUCUGUAGGGACCUGAAAGAACUUCAGCAUCUGGCAGUGCUCAAUUUUUCUAAAUACUGUGAGCCAGUGGUCAGGGGAGAAGCAAAUGAACGUGACACUCGCAAACUCUGGAAAAAUAUCGAACCUCAUUUGAAGAAGGCAAUGCAGACUGUUUAUCUCCGGGAAAUAUCCAGCUCACAGUGGGAGCGCUUACAGCAUGACGACGGCGAACCUGGGCAGUUAAAAGGACUUUCUGCACAUACACAUAUGGAACUUCCUUAUUACUCCAAAUUUCUUCUAAUAGCUGCUUACCUUGCCUCCUACAAUCCUGUUAGGACAGAUAAGAGGUUCUUUCUUAAGCAUCAUGGGAAAAUUAGAAAGACCAACUUUAUGAAGAAACAUGAAAAGACCAGCAAUCACCUCCUUGGGCCAAAGCCAUUUCCCUUGGACAGAUUGUUAGCAAUAUUAUAUAGUAUUGUGGACAACAGAGUUGCUCCAACUGCAAACAUAUUUUCCCAGAUCACCUCACUUGUGACUCUGCAGCUGUUGUCCAUGGUUGACCAUAAUGACCAGCUUGAUGGACCACGAUACAAAUGUACUGUAUCUCUGGACUUCAUCAGAGCUAUCGCCCGGACUGUGAACUUCGACAUAAUUAAGUACUUGUACGAUUUCUUGUGAAAACAAGCUUCCCAGCCAUAUGGACACUGUGACAAUGACUAAGGCAAGCUGUGUUCAUCUCUCUACUUAGCUGGCCAGAAAGAAGAGUAUUUUGGCUCUUUUGGAUUUGUCCAAACAGGUGCUGGCCCAGCAUGGAACCUGAUGAAAAUACUCUGAUUGGUCUGGGUGGAUCUGAGCAGAGGACUAUUUACCAGGGACCCUGGAGUAUUUGGAAGCAAUGUGUUAAUUAUAAACAGCAGGGUUUGAGCACAAUCUGUUCUACUCUUAAUGAUGUUAUCUUAACACUGAAAUUGCCUGAAACCCAUUUACUUAGGACUGCAUUUUGCUCUAUGAACUCUCCCCAGUGCUUUGAACAUGGCAGCAGCCCUUGUUUGUAUGCCCAGUCUUUUCACUUCCUCUCCACAGGAAUCUUUGCGAUUGCCUGCCAAGGCAGCUUUUCCUGAGGCCACCAUUUUAGGAGAGCGGAGUAGCAAAAUAUAAUAAACAUAAGAACAUAUUUAAAAUCAAGCUGGUUAUAAAUCCUUCUUUCUCUUCGGUUGUAUGCAGGCAGACUGUUACACUGUUAUAUGGAGAUCACGAUGAUAGGAAACUCCCAAUUGAUCACUGUACUGUCUUUUUUCAGACCAUUCAUAAAUGUUGACUAUGAAUCAAUUUUAACAAAGCUUUAUUUUAAAAAAUCACUGAUUCUUAAAGUUCCAUCCUGAUGUCAAACUUGAAAAUUUUUAUUUUUGUUUAAACAUUUUAUAGUCCUUUUAUGCUCAUCCGGUUAUAUUAAGUGCUAAAUGUGAUGCUGUUUGGAAUGAAUGUACUUCAAGAUGCAGACUGUGUAAAUGGCUUUUCUAACAGUGUCUGUCCUGUAGAGGAGGAUGGCGCCACGGCCUUUCCAUCAGAAAGGGAGAAAUUCAACAGGUGACAGAGUAUUCCUGCAGCAGUUCCCCAAAAGAGGCAGAACAGUGAAUAAUCGAUGUGGUGCUACAACACAAAACUUCAGCUUUGGAGAUACA